AUGCCGUUCGCAAUCGUUGAAGCUGUUACAGUACAUGUGACUCAGAAGUAUUUUGUGAGUGCUUCCAAGGAUAACUCUUGGUGCUUCUAUGAUAUUUCAACAGGAUCUUGCCUGACACAGGUUGGCGAGGCUUCAGGACAAGAGGGAUAUACAUCUGCGUCUUUCCAUCCAGAUGGUCUUAUCCUUGGAACAGGAACUACUGAUGCUGUUGUUAAAAUUUGGGACGUGAAGGCUCAGUCAAAUGUCGCAAAGUUUGAGGGUCAUGUCGGACCAGUCACUGCUAUGUCUUUCUCUGAAAAUGGUUACUUCCUAGCGGUACGUAAUUUAGAUAAAAGCUACGUGCACAAUGACAAAUUUAUUUAGUUUC